GGUUGCAGGCCUUCUUCAACAUUCACACUCUCUUUAUAAAAUGGAGUCUGAAUUUGUAUGUUUAAGAAUUUGAAAAAUGGCGAUUGGUCUCUCACACCACCACCUUCUCUGCAUAUAUUCCUCCAAACCCAACCCACCAUUUUCAAAAACUCAAACACUUUUCAGAAACCCGAAAUCCUCCUCCGUCGCUCUCCGGACCCUCCUGAAGUCGUCGUCUCCGAAAAACUCCAACACUUCGCUGCAAAGUUCGCCGGAAGAAUCGAAGCCCGCCACCGCUUCUAAGCGGGCUGACCCGCCCGUCAAAAACCCACCUCCCAGAUUGUCUUCUUUCGACUCCCUGUUCAUCCGACUUCGUCGUUUAAGAGCUGAAAGGUUUAAGCUUGAUGGAAUAUUUGUGGACAUUUUGGCGAUUGCAUUGCCUGCUGCUCUGGCGCUGGCUGCUGACCCCAUAACCUCUUUGGUUGACACAGCCUUUGUUGGGCAUUUAGGGUCGGUUGAAUUGGCAGCAGUUGGGGUGUCAGCUUCAGUAUUCAAUCUAGUUUCUAAAUUGUUUAACGUUCCAUUGCUCAACAUCACCACAUCUUUUGUUGCUGAAGAUCAGGCAUUGGCUAGCAAGGCCCAGGAUGAUUUCCAGGGUGACAGCCAGGGCAAGAAGCUCCUUCCCUCGGUGUCCACUUCGUUGGCUCUUGCUGCCACCAUUGGCAUUGCUGAAGCUGUAGCACUUUUUCUUGGGUCGGGUGUCUUGAUGAAUGCCAUGGGUAUAUAUGCUGAUUCACCAAUGCGAAUACCUGCCGAGAAUUUUCUUGCCCUAAGGGCAUUGGGUGCUCCACCAAUUGUAAUUGCACUUGCCUCACAAGGCACUUUUCGUGGCUUUAAGGACACAAAGACACCUCUGUAUGCCAUUGUUGCUGGCAACUUACUUAAUGCUAUAUUGGAUGCAAUUUUGAUAUUUGCUUUUGAUUUUGGAAUCCGCGGUGCUGCUAUUGCUACAGUGAUUUCUGAGUACCUGAUUGCUGCUAUUCUUCUGUGGAAAUUGAAUAGCAAAGUAUUACUUGUCCCUACCUAUAUUGAUGGGAGAAGAAUCGUCGGUUACCUUAAAUCUGGGGGUCUUCUUAUUGGCAGAAGCUUAGCAGUCGUCGUAACUACGACACUAGCCACAUCCAUGGCAGCCCGGGAAGGUCCUAUCCCCAUGGCGGGCCAUCAGAUUUGCAUUCAAGUUUGGUUGGCAGUAUCUUUGCUUACUGAUGCUUUAGCACUUGCUGGUCAGGCACUUCUUGCCAGUGGUUACUCCCAACAAGAUUAUGAACAAGCACGCCUAGUGAUUUAUAGGGUUCUACAGAUUGGUUUAGUGGCGGGAAUUGGUUUGGGAAUUAUAUUAUUCAUCAGUUUUAAAGCGUUUUCUAGCUUAUUCAGCACAGACCCACAAGUCCUGGCAAUUGCAUGGUCUGGUUUAUUGUUUGUUGCUGGAUCUCAGCCAAUAAACGCUAUAGCAUUUGUUAUCGACGGACUGUACUAUGGAGUUUCAGACUUUGGAUAUGCUGCCUAUUCAAUGGUAUUAGUAGGGCUGAUUUCUUCCACAGUCAUACUUGUUGCUUCUCCGUCUUUUGGCCUUGCUGGAGUCUGGACGGGGCUGUUUCUCUUCAUGGCAUUGCGCGUAGUAGCCGGGAUUUGGAGGUUGGGCACAAGAACCGGACCGUGGAAAUUGGUCUGGGAUGAGAGGAAGCAGGAAACUUAGGGUAACGAAUGUUCAAUCUCCUGGUAAAGGAGAAGAAAAAUACUCAUCAGGGGUUAUCGAACACAAGUAACGUCUCCAAAGUCCGAUGCUAAUGGCGUAACCUGUUUUCGAACAUAGGUUACGUCAUGGUGUUCAAGGGCCUACCCGAUUAUUAAGACGACCUGGAUCAACAAGAGAGAGUGACUUCGACUGGCUUCCGACUACUCGCUAGAUAUGUCGGGAUGCAAAUGCUGAUCGGCGUUCCAAACCGAAGCUUUCUUCCCCUCGAUACUUCACCAGGCUCUUGUAAUAUAGGGGGGUUUUGUAUAUAAAUACUGUAGCUAAAAAAUAGCUUAGAUAUACAUUCUUACGGAAAAAAAAAGGAAGCGUUUGUGACAAA